AUGGUCGUUGCUCCACCUUCGCAGUCUGAUUAUGGUGACUUCCCCAGCUUCACAUCUCUUGAUGGAGAACCUACAGCCAAACCCUCCGAUUCACCGGAAAAGGGUCUAUCUGCGACACCAGACAACCAGCUGCAUGGUACCUCACCUGUCAUCAAUGAUGAUGUGCAACCCCAGUCAGCUUGGGCCAUGCCUCCACCUCCCAAACCACCGAUCGCAACGAAUCCCCAGAUGACCUCCGAAGAAUACAAUGCGCAGCUGCUCUCCGACCCACGGAUGAGAAACUCUAGUGUCGUGAACCCGGAAUUUCUACAGCAGUACUACCGAGAAUCUCGACUUCAUCACCUGUCCACUUGGAAGGCAGAACUGAAGGCUCAGCUCCAAGCAGCAACCAGAGAAAAGACCGAGUCUCGUGCGAGCAAGAAGAAGCAAGCGCCUGGAGCGAGGAGAUACGUCCUUCACGUGGACUUCGACUCGUUCUUCGCGGCCGUAGCUCUUCUUCAGCACCCUAAACUCAAGGACAAGCCCGUUGCUAUCGCGCAUGGGUCUGGGUCUGGAUCCGAGAUCGCAAGCUGCAAUUAUGUUGCACGCGGGCGGGGUAUCAAGAAUGGCAUGUGGAUGAAAGGUGCUCUAGAAGCUUGUCCAGAGCUCAAGGUUCUACCAUAUGAUUUCCCAGCAUAUGAGGAUGCUAGUCAAAAGUUCUACAGUUCAGUUCUUGCAAUUGACGGGGUCGUACAGAGUGUCAGUAUCGACGAAGCUCUCAUUGAUAUCACGCAUCUCUGCCUCGAAGCUGGCGGCUCGGAUGGACGAGGAGUAUCUGAAGGCUCCAUCUAUCGUGAGCAAGCUAAAGCGGAUGAGAUUGGCCAGGGCCUCCGUGAUGCAGUCAAGGAGAAGACUGGAUGCGCCGUUUCUGUUGGAAUUGGCGGAAACAUCCUCCAGGCCAAAGUCGCAUUGCGCAAAGCAAAACCAGCGGGUCAGUUCCAGUUGAAGCCCGAUGAUGUCUUGGAAUUUAUGGGUCAACUCACUGUUCGAGAUCUGCCGGGUGUUGGCCAUAGCUUAAGUGCCAAAUUAGAAGAACUUGGUGCCACGCUUGUGAAGGACUUGAGAAAUCUCGCCCGCGAAAGACUUGUGUCUGGUCUUGGUCCCAAGACUGGAAUCAAAAUGUGGGAGUAUGCUCGAGGCAUUGACAAGACUGAAGUUGGAAACGAGGUUAUCCGAAAAUCUGUUUCAGCGGAAGUCAAUUGGGGUAUUCGGUUCGUUAAUCAAGAGCAAGCAGAAGACUUCCUCAAGUCUCUUUGUGGCGAGCUGAACCGCCGGCUGGUGGAAAACCUAGUCAAAGGCAAGCAACUUACGCUCAAGGUUAUGCGACGAUCAAUGGAUGCACCAUUGGAACCAGUGAAACAUCUUGGCCACGGCAAAUGCGACACUUUCAAUAAAAGCGUGAUGAUUGGCGUAGCCACAAAUGACACUGAAGUCGUGGCUAAAGAAGCUAUUUCAAUGUUAAGGACGUUCAAUUUCUCGCCGGGCGAUCUCCGGGGUCUCGGUGUGCAGAUGACCAAGCUUGAGCCUCUCAAGGCUGGACCAUCAUCAUUUGAGAGUAGUCAACGACAGCUCAAUUUUACGAAGUCUCCGUCUCGUAAGAGAGCUAUCAGUACUGAUGAGCCAGACAGCCCGUCGAGAGCCAGCAGACCUCCCAUUCCACAAGACCAGCCAGCAAAUCGCCAUGCCACAACGACCCCUGAGAUUCUGGGAUCGCAAUUCAUUAUGCCUACACAAGCCGACCCUGCUGUCCUUGCUGAACUUCCCAGUGAUAUCAGAUCAAGACUUGUAGCACAGUCAGACAUCCACGACGAGCCACGUUCUGUGUCUCCGACCCCAGAUCCAAGGCCAUCUGCGCCGUCAUUACCUCCUCAGUCUCAGUUGGACCCGGAAAUCCUGGCUGCACUGCCGGAUGACGUUCGUAAUGAAGUCCUAGGCUAUUACGAUCAGCAACCUCCCAACACCGCUCCUACUCCACCCGUAGUUCCUAUGGCGCCUCCACCUCAUGUGCCUGUCUCGCGCCCGCUAUCAUCCGGGGGCACGGGAUUGAAGAGACCGUUUUCACCACCGAAGAGAAGACGAGGCCGUCCUCCAAAGUUCUCCAAGGUUGACAACACAUCGCAGAAGCUCUCAACCUUUGCUGCCAGGCCGAUAGCUCCUUUUCCCGCAGUGGAGCAAGAGGUACCUCGACAUUCCUCGCCAAUUGUUGAAGAGCAGUCCGAGGUAUCAUCAGUAUCAGCAGAAUUCUUAGCUGCAUUGCCUGAAGACAUUCGUCAGGAAAUCUUGGAAGAGCAAAGGCGAACCCGACUUCAACAGCCUUUGCCUAACCCAGCUCCUCCAGACACGGAAGCAGAAACAGAUCCCGAGACUUCGGUUGUGGUGCCCGCGCCCAAGGAGAAAUUCCUGCCACUGCCACCCUUGCCCGAACGCCCAGUGUUCACUUCUCAGCGCCUUUCAGCAUUACCCGAUCUUCGAGAAGCUGUCGGAGAAUGGCACUCUGCCUUUGCGGGACACGGACCGUACAGUGAAGAUCUUGAUGUCCUCUGCAUAUAUCUUGGUCGUGUGAUUGUUGAUGAAAAGGACAUGGAUAAAGCUGUUUCUGUCGUUCGUUGGCUUAUGUGGCUUGUUGAGGAGGAUAAAAUUGCGCAUGGAUCUAUGGGCACUCAACCUCCUAGAUCUGAGCAAGGCUUGCUAACAUGGCCCGAGGCUAUUGAUACUCUACACGCCUGUAUUCAAACGGCUUUGGAGGUGAGAGGGCUUCCUUCGGUUGAUUUUGACUAG